AUGAGUCCUUUAGUUCCUCGGGAAGAACAAGAAAAAAAAGAUGAAGAUUAUUCGCCCUCAAACAUACUUUCUUGGUCAAAAACUGUAAGCAUUCAAGUUAAACCAAAAGGAAAAGUACUCGAUGAUCAGGAAAUUGUUCGAAAUCAAAAGUGCCAUCCGCCAAAAAUUUCUGAUCAAUUGGAAUUAAUUCAAAAAUUACAAACAGAUUCUUCAAUUGAUUUUUAUUACAUGAUUUACGCCGUCGAGAGAUCUUCUAAAUUUUUCACACCCUAUGCCUUCAAGGUAGUACCUUAUGAAGAAAUUGGCAAAUCAUAUAUGACAAUUAGUGCAAAUGGAGUUACAAAAUAUAGUCCAGACGAAAUGAUUUUCACACCAAUUGAAUUAUGGGAGAGAGAAUAUAAAGAUUAUUUAAAAAUCGCAAUCAAAACUUUCACGAUUUUUCGCACGUGGAAAGCUUUUUACGUUUGGAGAAAGUCAAUAUCAUGGAGAAAAUAUAAUAAAGCGAGGGAUUAUUUAUUGGAAAAUCUUUUUGUGACACAUUCAAUAUUAAGUAAAACUCUUCUUGAAAUUAAUACCAAGUGUAAAGAAUUUUUACACGUGUCUCUUGUUGAUACAAGUAUUUUCGAAAAAUUACCCCUUUUUCUCUUUAUGGAAAUUCAAUUUGCUAAACUCGAGGAUGUUAGGAGCAAAUUAGAUAAAUUCAGAGAAUUAAUUGCAAAAUUAGUGAAAGAUGCUUGUUUAAAAACCCUUUUGGAAGCUGGAUACACGCCCGAUGAUUCAAAUAUAACUAUUGAACAAACUGAAUUUGGACAAUUAGGACGUUUCGCGGGAACAAAAUUUAAAAUGCCAAAAGAUGGAAUUUUAAAAAUGAGUCACAUUGAACAGGCAAAAAAAAGAGAAAAAUGUUAUCGUCUAUCAUGUUUUAUCCAUCUGAUUGAUUAUUUACAAACGGACAUGAUGCAAAAUUUAUUAUACAAUACGUACAAAGUUUUGCUGAACACUCUACAAGAAAGUGUAAAUUAUUCUUUAUCAAAUGAUGAAGAAGAGAUGGACUCGAAAUCAAAUUUAAAAGAGAAACAUCGCUAUCCCUACUUUGUAGUGGACUUGAUAAUUUCUUUGGAAACUGGAAUCGCUUUGGAUCCAUCUGAAGAAAUUUUCUGGCACGUCAUUAAAACAAUCCAAUUAAUGUGGGAGGAAAAUUUAUUUGAGAUAAAGCCAUUUUUAUCUGAUCCAUUUUUCGAUAUUUUUACAAGGCCAAUGAUCAAUCACAAAAUUGAAAAUCGAAUAUCAGGAAAGCCACCAGAAAUUUUGACAAUUAUAAAUGAUGAUUUUCUUAUGAAUGAUUUGAAGGGAAAAUUUGAAAAUAUUUUAAAAGAACAUUUUCUUGCUGUAAAAGAAUUUUCAAGUAAAUUUAAUUCUAUUGAGACAUUCUUCAAGGAAGAUAUAAAUGCUAAUGAAAUGAUUAUAAGAGAAAAUGAAGAGUGUUCGAUUUUUCGUGAAUUUUGUGAAAGAUAUCAAAAUGAAAUUGUUGAAAUUUCUGCAAUAGAAGAGGAAGAAUUUUUAGGAAUAUUUUAUAUUAAAUUGACAAGAUUGAAAAUUUUAGCAUUACCUGCUCCUACACAAAAAUGGAUUGUUCUUGAAAAAGUCAUACCAUGUUUAGGUAAAGCAAGAGUAGACGCUCUUUUGAAUGAAGUUAAUGAUGCUAUAAAUUAUUUGGAUACAAAUCCAGUGACAACUGAUGAUUAUGUGGCUUACAUAAAUUUUGUCGAUCAAGCACAACAGAAUGUGGAGAGAAUGGAAGUGGAAUUAGUGUACGUUAAAGAAAUUUACGAUAUAAUGGAAGAAUAUCAAUUUCCCGUUCCUGCAAUGGAUGCUGCGAAUUAUUUGGGAAUAAGUGUACAAUUUACAACAUUAUGUUCAGCCGUUAAUAAAAAAUUGAAGGAUCGAGAAAAGUUGAUAACCAAGUUUAAUGUUCAAAUACAAAAAGAUAUAGAUGCUGUUAUUAAUAAAAUUUCGGACAUUAAUGACGAAGCGACUCAAUCCUGGUUGUUGGAUGCUGAUAGCAAUGUGGAAGGUUGUCUCGAGACUCUCAACGAUCUCUCUCAACGUUUACAAGAAUGUGCAGAAUUAGCUUCUGAAUAUCGAAAUCAUCAAAAAGGAUUUAAGGUGGAAAUGACAAAAUUCGAAAUUCUCGAUCACGCAAUAAAUGAAGUAAAACUACGAAGUCUUCUUUGGGAAAGUGUAAUAAGUUGGUCAAAAACUUUAGAAAAAUGGUAUCAAGAUAAUUUUAACAUUUUAAACGUUGAAGAAAUAACAAAUUUUACAACGCGAAAUUUAAAAAAUAUUGUUCAAUUUGAAAAAGGUCUACCGUCAAAUAAUGUUUUGCCAAAUUUUAAAGAAAAAGUGGAAUAUUUCAAAGACAAACUCUCAACUAUUGGACAUUUGAGAAAUCCAAAUUUACAAUCACGUCAUUGGAUGAAAAUUGAGGAACUUUUGAAUUAUAAAUUUCAAUUGGAAGAAUCAUUAACAUUGGAACUUCUCGAGAGUCUUGGAAUUUUUGAUUAUCCAAAUGAAUUAAUGGAAAUUGCUUCUUGUGCAAGUUCAGAGGCAGCUUUAGAAAUAAUGUUGAAAAAAGUUGUAGACACAUGGAAAACAUUGGAAUUUAUUGUUUUACCUUAUAAGGAAAUUAAGGAUGUUUAUUAUCUUGGAUCAAUCGAGGAAAUUCAAUUGGCUCUCGAUGAUAGUAAUAUUAAUAUUCAAACAAUUGCCGCUUCUCGACAUGUUGCUUCAAUUAAAUCGAAAGUUGAUGAUUGGAUUAAACAACUGGAUCUUGUGUCUCGUACUUUGGAAGCUUGGCAGUAUUGUCAACAGCAGUGGAUGUACUUGGAGGCAAUUUUCUCUGCUCCUGAUAUUAAACGACAACUUCCAAUAGAAGCGAAACUCUUUGCGGUAGUCGAUAGAUCUUGGAAGGAAAUUAUGAGAAAAACAACAAAGGUGCCUUUGGUUAUGGAAAUUUGCAUUCAGCCAGGAUUACUGGAACGUUUCAUGGAAAAUAAUAACAAUUUAGAUCAAAUUCUCAAAUGCCUGGAGGCUUAUCUCGAAACAAAGCGUAUCGCAUUUCCGAGAUUUUUCUUUCUCUCUAAUGACGAGCUUUUGGAAAUUUUAGCCCAAACGAGAAAUCCUCAUGCAGUUCAGAGGCAUUUACAAAAGUGUUUCGAUGCAAUUUAUCGUCUUGAGUUUGCAAUUGCAAAUCUGGGAAAUAAAGAGAAUAAAAAAGAUGCUGUUCUUACGACGGAUAUUAUAGCCAUGUUAUCACCGGAGGGAGAGAGAGUUGUUUUACAGAAAGGGUUAAAAGCCAGAGGAAAUGUGGAAGAUUGGCUUGGAAAUGUGGAGCAAGCAAUGUUUGCAGCACUCAAGAGGGAAAUGAAAAAAGGCAUCAUUGAUCUUAAAGAGAAAGGAAGACGAAAGUUUAUCGAAUCUUUUCCGUCUCAGAAUGUCUUAACGGUUUCUCAAAUAUUUUGGGCUCAAGACGUUCAUGUUAUUUUGGAAUCAGGAGACGCGAAUGCUAUGAAAACUUUUGAAAUCAAAUGUUUUACAGAUUUAAAUGAAUUGGCAGGCCUAGUAAGAGGAGAAUUACCGAAAUUAAUACGCGAAGUUAUUAUCAAUCUUAUAACGGUCGAUGUACACGCGAGAGAUAUUAUUUCAGUUUUAGUGGAAAAUAAAAUUCAAUCCAGUUCAAGUUUUGAUUGGAUGAAAAAUUUACGUUACUAUUGGGACGAAGAAAUCGACAGUUGUUUGGCAAAAAUGAGUAAUGCAGAAUAUCGUUAUGGCUAUGAAUAUCUUGGUGCUCAAAGAAGAUUAGUUAUCACACCUUUAACAGAUAGAUGCUAUUUAUGUCUUAUGGGAGCACUUCAAUUGGAUUUAGGUGGAGCACCUGCAGGUCCAGCUGGAACUGGAAAAACUGAGACGACGAAAGAUCUUGCUAAAGCAUUAGCUGUUCAAUGUGUUGUAUUUAAUUGUUCGGAAGGUUUAGAUUACAGGAUGAUGGGAAGAUUUUUUUCUGGUUUGGCCACUUCUGGUGCUUGGUGUUGUUUCGAUGAAUUUAAUCGAAUUGACAUUGAGGUGCUUUCUGUAAUUGCUCAACAAUUAAUUACUAUUAGAAAUGCUAAAAUUAUCCGCGCUAAUGAAUUUAUGUUUGAGGGUCGCGUGAUAAAAUUAGUGAUGUCUUGUGCAACUUUUGUCACCAUGAAUCCUGGUUAUGCUGGACGCACUGAAUUACCAGAUAAUUUAAAAUCACUUUUCAGACCAUUUGCGAUGAUGGUUCCAGAUUACAAACUCAUCGCAGAAGUAACAUUAUAUUCGGAGGGUUUUGAAUCCUCCAAGUCAUUAUCGACAAAAAUGACAUUAAUGUACACAUUGUGCAGCGAACAACUAUCUCAGCAAGAUCAUUAUGAUUUUGGAAUGAGGGCAGUAAAGAGUGUUUUGGUAAUGGCAGGAAGUUUAAAGCGAGAAAAUCCUGAAAAAUUGGAAGACGUCGUCUUGCUGAGGGCUUUAAGGGACAGUAAUCUACCCAAAUUUUUGGCUGAUGAUACAGAAUUAUUUUUGGGAAUACUAGGCGAUUUGUUUCCAGAUAUUGUGCUUCCCGAUGAAGACUACGGCGUUUUUCAAGAAACUGCUGAGAAGAUGAUGAUAGAUGCAGGUUUACAGCCGGAAUCGUGUUCUAUUGUUAAAACUAUUCAAUUACAUGAAACAAUGUUAGUCAGACAUGGUGUCAUGUUAGUUGGUCCCACUGGAUCUGGUAAAACAACUGUUCUUCAGACAUUAAGGGAUACAUACACACAACUUCAUGAAAUGAAUGUACCAAAAUCAUAUUAUCAAAAAGUUCACACGUACGUUUUAAAUCCAAAAGCUGUGACAAUUGGGGAAUUAUACGGAUCAGUGGAUACCAUGAGCAAUGAAUGGCACGACGGUUUAAUUGGAGCAAUUAUUCGCCACGCUUGUUCUUUCACAACAGAAGAACAUCAGUGGGUUGUUUGCGAUGGUCCCGUCGACGCUAUUUGGAUAGAAAAUAUGAAUACUGUUUUAGAUGAUAAUAAAAUGUUGUGUCUCGCGAAUUCAGAGAGAAUUAAAUUUACUCCAUAUGUUCAUAUGCUUUUUGAAGUUAUGGAUCUUUCUCAAGCUUCACCGGCAACUGUCAGUAGAUGUGGAAUGGUGUAUUUUGAUCCUGCUGAUCUUAAAUGGAUGCCAUAUGCAAAAAGUUGGUUGCAAAAAAUUCCUGAGACUAUAAUUAAUGAAUCGUUGCGUCAAGAGAUAAUGUAUCUUUUGGAGACUUACGUAGAAGAAGGAUUGGCAUUUUUGAAAAAGAAUUGUCAACAAACUAUACCACAGGUGGGUAUCGGAAAAGUAAAUAUGCUUUGUGCUUUAAUGGAAAGCAUUAUUCUAGAGCCAAAUGCAAUCGAUAAAUUUACUGACGUGGAAAAUUUGAAAAGUUUUCUCACCCAGUCAUUUAUUAUCUCGUAUAUUUGGGCAAUUGGUGGAAAUUUAAUUGAUUCUGCCAGAGAAACUUUCGAGUUAUUUGUGAAAAAACAAUUCAAGGACAAUUCAUAUUCUCGUUUACCCUCUGAAAAUUUGUGGGAUCUUUACAUAAAUACAAAAAAUCGAAAUUUAGAAUUAUGGAUAAAAUUAAUGCCAUCGUUUACAUAUGACAAAACGGUGCCAUUUUUUGAAAUUCUCGUUCCAACUGUCGACACAGUACGAUUUGGUUAUCUUAUGGAGAAACUUUUGAAUGUUAAUAAACCAGUACUUUUUACAGGCGGCACUGGUGUUGGAAAAUCAGUAAUAGCCAAAGUAGUUUUAAAAACACUUCAACAAUCUGGAUUUUGGGUUCCGGUUGUAAUGAAUUUUUCCGCUCAAACAAGUAGCGGGAGAAUUCAAGAGAUUUUAGAAUUAAAAUUAGAGAAAAAGAAACGAACAGUAUUGGGAGCGCCUAUCGGAAAACGAAUUUGCAUUUUCAUCGAUGAUGUAAAUAUGCCAAAAUUGGAUACUUAUGGCUCACAACCACCAAUAGAAUUAUUGAGACAAUUUCUCGAUUUUGGAGGCAUUUACGAUCGAGAUAAAUUGUUUUGGAAAACAAUGGAAGAUGUUGUGUUAAGUUGCGCCUGUGCUCCUCCUGGAGGUGGAAGAAAUCCUCUCACUCCAAGAUUUAUUCGUCAUUUUGGAAUGUUGGUUAUUCCAACGCCUUCCGAAGUUUCUCUGAAAGACAUUUUUAGGUCAAUAAUGAAAGGAUUUCUUCAAGAAUUUUUGCAACCAAUAAUUGAAAUCGGUGAUAAAAUUGUAUCGGCAACUAUUGAAAUUUACAAUAGAAUUGCAAUUGACUUGCUUCCAACGCCUGAAAAGAGUCAUUAUAUUUUUAAUUUGCGAGAUUUAUCAAAAUGUAUUCAAGGAAUGCUUCAAGCAGAUCCAUCAAUUGUUAUUGAUGUGAAACAAAUGUUAAGGCUCUUUUAUCACGAGUGCUUGAGGGUUUUUCACGAUCGAUUAAUAAAUAUAGAAGACAAAAGUUACUUUUAUCAUCUUUUGACCGAAACCUGUUCGCGAAAAUUUGGAGACGAGGUGAUUUCACUUGGAGAUGAAGUUGUCACACAGCCUCCAUUACUUCUUUUCGGUGACUUUAUGUCCUUUGGAGCUUCAAAAGAGCAGAGAUUUUAUGAAGAAAUCACCGAUUUAACAAAAGCAACAAAUAUUUUGCAAAAUUAUUUGGACGAUUACUGUUUAGUGACUUCGAAGGAGAUGAAUCUUAUAUUUUUCACGGAUGCUGUUGAACAUUUAUGUAGACUGGCGAGAAUUUUGAGAUCAGAAAGAGGAAAUGGUCUUCUUGUUGGUGUUGGUGGAAUGGGAAAACAAAGUUUAACAAAAUUAGCGUCCCAUUUGAACGGCUAUCGUUGUAUGCAAAUUGAAGUGACGCGUGGCUACGACAUGAAUUCCUGGCACGAUGAUCUUCGACGAUUUUAUUUUAAACCAGGAGCAUUUGCCGAAGAUGUCACUUUUCUUUUUACUGAUACACAAAUUGUACUCGAGGAAUUUUUGGAGGAUAUAAACAAUACUUUAAAUUCCGGAGAGGUACCAAAUUUAUUUGAAGCUGACGAAUUAGAAAAGGCAAUAAUUGCCACAAGACUGGCUGCCAAAGAUGCUGGAAUCAAAGAAUCUGACCGAGAUGGAAUUUACAAUUAUUUUAUCGGAAGAGUUAGAAAUCAUCUUCAUUUAAUGCUCUGCAUGAGUCCUGUGGGCAACACUUUCAGACAUCGUUGCCGAAUGUUUCCAUCAUUGGUUAAUUGCUGUACAAUAGAUUGGUUCACAAAAUGGCCAAAUGAAGCACUUCUCUCAGUAGCAAAGAAAACAAUCGAAUCAAUUGCAAAUCACGAUGAAAAUAAAUUAUCUGCUUUAUCAUCAAUUUGUGUUUUAAUGCAUGAAAGUGUUGAAGAGAUGACUGUUCGAUUUUUCAAUGAGAUGCGAAGAAGAUAUUACACGACACCCAGUAGUUAUUUAGCAUUAUUAAAACUUUUCUUAGCGACAUUGAAGAAAAAAAUUAAAACAACUUUAACGCUGAAAAGUAAAAUUGCGAAUGGCUUGAAUAAAUUGAAAGAAACAAACGAGACAGUUGCGAUGAUGAAGGAGCAAUUGAUAAUUCUGGCUCCUCAAUUAAAGACAAGUUCAGAGGAAGUUUCGAAAUUAAUGCAGAUACUUGCGAAGCAACAGAUUGAACUCGACAAAGUUAGAAUCACUGUUGCUGCUGAUGAAGCAAUUGUCAAGGUAAAAGCAGAAGAAACAGCUGCUUUAGAAACUGAAGCUAGGAAAGAUUUAGAAGCAGCGAUGCCAGCAUUGGAGGAAGCACAAAAAGCCCUGGAAUCAUUGAAUAAAAAUGAUAUCAAUGAAAUUAAAGUUUUCAAUAGUCCACCACCGCUUGUUCGAUACGUGAUGGAAGCCGUUAAUUUGUUAUUAGGAGAAAAACUUGAUUGGAUAACUGCGAGAGUCGUUCUCGGUGAUUUACACUUUUUAGAUCGAUUAAUUGAAUAUCCAAAAGAUGAUAUUAAUGAUAAACUUUUAAAAAAAUUGCAAGACUAUAUAAAUAAUCCAAAUUUUAAGCCAAAUAUUGUUGCAAAACAAAGCAAAGUUUGUAAAUCAAUUUGCAUUUGGGUUCGAGCUAUUGAUGGUUAUGCGAAAUUAUUUAGAAUUGUACAUCCAAAACGUCUCAAAUUACAAGCGGCGGAAAAAGAAUUACGCUCUAUUAUGGAUGUUUUGGAACAAAAACAAGAACAAUUACGUGAAGUUGAGAAUAAAAUAAAUAAAUUAAGACAAGAAUAUAAGGAAGCUGUUGAUAAUUUAACAUCUUUGGAAUAUAAUAUUCAAUUGAGUGAGGCUCGACUCAAUAGAUCGGGAAGAUUAACAUCGGCAUUGGCAGAUGAAGAAAUUCGCUGGCAGGAAAAUAUGAAAGAUUUCGAUAGGCAGAUGGAAAAUUUUAUGGGAGACACUUUAGUGGCUGCUGGUGCUUUAGCUUAUUUAGGUGCAUUCACCAGUGAAUACAGAAAAGAAUUAUUAAUAAAAUGGCUGAAAACUUGUGAAGAACAGAAAAUAACAACAACGGGAAAUUUUAAUUUAAUUGCUGUUUUAGCUGAUCCUUAUGAAAUUCGUUUAUGGAAUAGUUUUGGUUUACCUCGAGAUCAGAUCAGUACGGAAAAUGCAAUUUUUGUCACUCAAGCUGAAAAAUGGUCACUUAUGAUUGAUCCACAAGAACAGGCUAAUCGCUGGAUAAGAAAUAUGGAACAGCAGAAUCAGUUAAAAAUUUGUAAACUAACGGAUGGAAAUUUAAUGAGAAUCAUGGAAUCGUGCAUUAGAAUUGGUUCGCCAAUUUUAAUUGAAGAUGUCGGUGAAAUUUUGGAUCCCAGUUUGGAGCCAGUUCUUUUAAAACAAACUUUUGUUCAAGGAGGAAGAAAAUUGAUACGUCUAGGAGAAAGUGACAUCGAGUACGAUGAAAAUUUUCGUUUAUACAUCACCUCAAAAAUGGCUAAUCCUCAUUACUUACCAGAAAUUUGUAUUAAAGUGACAAUUGUCAAUUUUACUGUAACACCUUCGGGAUUAGAAGAACAACUUCUUGCUGAUGUGGUACGUUUGGAAAAACCAGAAUUGGAAAAAUUGAGAAACGAAUUGAUAGCAAAGAUCAAUGCGGACAAAAAUCAACUUCAAAAUAUAGAGGAUAAAAUUCUUUCACUUCUAUUUAGUUCCGGUGAUAAUAUUCUCGAUAAUGAAGAAUUAAUUGAGACUCUAAAUAAUAGUAAAGAGACUUCGGCGAUUAUUGUCACGAGAUUAAUUGAAACUGAAGCUACAGAAGAAAAGAUUUCCAUCACUCGAGAUAAAUAUCGUUCCGUAGCUACUCGUGGUUCUGUUUUAUAUUUUGUUGUUGCUGAUUUAGCUGAAAUCGAUCCCAUGUAUCAAUUUUCUCUAAAAUAUUUUAAUCAGAUAUUCAAUAAUGUCAUCGAGAUGAGUGAAAAAAGCGAAAAUCUUGAUAUUCGAUUGACAAUUUUAUAUGAAGAAAUUACUUCAUCAAUUUAUACAAAUGUAUCGCGAGGAUUAUUUGAACGACAUAAACUUGUUUUUAGUCUCAUGUUAAAUAUGGCGAUUUUUUUACAUUCUCGAAUUGUCAGCUAUUCGGAAUGGGAAUUUUUGCUACGUGGUGCUGGACAAUUUAAGACAUCUAAGAAACCGGAUUAUCCAACUUUGACUGAAACAAUGUGGAUCUCGGUGAAUUUUCUAGCAAAUCAUUUUAAAUCAUUCGCAAAUAUUAUGACUGACGUUUUCAAAAAGAUUCAUUUGUCCAUUGAAUAUUUUCAAGAGGAAAUAAAUAUCAUUCCUGAUAACAAUAAAAAAGCCGAAUUCAACUGGGAUAAAAUACUGACUGAUAUAGAAAAACUGAUGCUACUAAAAGCGUUAAAAGAAGAGAAAUUAAUUUUUGCUCUCACUGCAUAUGUGAAAAAAAAUCUUGGACAGAAAUUCGUUGAAUCACCAAUGGUUUCUCUGGAAUUACUUUAUCCCGAUACUUCGAAAAUAAUACCGUUGGUAUUUAUUUUAAGCACUGGCUCCGAUCCGUUUAGUGCAUUUCAGAGAUUUGCAUCGAAAAUGGGAUUUGGCGAAAAAUAUCAAUCAAUAUCAUUGGGUCAGGGUCAAGGACCAAUAGCAGAAAAUCUUUUGCAAAAAGGAAAAGAAACAGGAAAUUGGGUGUUUUUACAAAAUUGUCAUUUAGCCACAUCAUGGAUGAAUAAUAUGGAAAAAUUAAUUAUCGAAAUAAUUCAAGAAUCCGAUGGUGUUAACGAUAAUUUUCGUCUAUUUUUAAGUUCAAUGCCAAGUAAAUCAUUUCCAGUUUCGGUUCUUCAAAAUUCAAUGAAAGUCACAAAUGAACCGCCCAAAGGACUCAAAGCAAAUAUUAAACGUGCUUUCUUUGAUCUUAAUGAAGAUUUCUUUGAAAAUAAUCCUUUAGAACUAAAUUGGAGAAAAAUGAUAUUUGGAAUUUGCUUUUUCCAUGCAAUUAUUCAGGAGAGAAAAAAAUUCGGUCCACUAGGAUGGAAUAUUCAUUAUGAAUUUAAUAAUAAUGACAGAGAAUGUUGCCUUUUAAAUUUAAAAAUGUUUUGUAACGAAACAAUUCCAUGGGCUGCCUUGACAUACAUAACUGGUGAAAUCACUUAUGGAGGCAGAAUAACUGAUAAUUGGGAUUUGCGUUGUUUAAAAACAAUACUCAAUGAUUUUUUCUCACCAAAAACAUUAGAAACGAAUUACGUUUAUUCAGCAUCUGGAACGUACUUUUCUCCAAAUUUAAUCACACUUUAUGAAUAUAGAGAAUUUAUAGAAAAUUUCCCUAUUAUUGAAGAUCCUGAAAUUUUUGGAAUGCACGAGAAUGCAAAUAUAACAUUUCAGUUGAAAGAAACGAAAAUUGUUUUGGAUACAAUAAUGGAUGUGCAACGAAAAGAAGAUAUUGGCGAAAAAGGAAAAUCAACGUCUGACAUUGCUUAUGAAUUAGCCAGUAUGAUUAUGGGAAGAAUCAUUCUUAAAAUUGAUUCAGAUGAUUGUCAUUCAAGUCAUUUGAAAAAAGAUUUUGCUGGUCGUCUUCCAUCACUUACGACUGUUUUACUUCACGAAGUUGAUCGUUAUAAUAAAUUAUUAUCAAAAAUACACUCAUCAAUGGAAAAUUUACAACGAGCUAUUAAAGGAUUUGUUGUGAUGUCAACGGAACUGGAAGCUGUGUUUAACGCUUUAGUCAACAAUCAAGUACCGGAAGUAUGGCACAAAGUAAAUGUCUAUCCUUCGCUAAAAACUUUAGGAUCAUGGAUUCGAGAUUUAGAACUUCGAAUUGAUUUUAUUCAGAUCUGGUUGAAAAAUUCAAAACCAAUUUCCUUUUGGAUAUCAGGAUUGUCCUUUCCUCAAGGAUUUAUAACAGGAGUGCUUCAAACUCAUGCGAGGAAAUAUAAUAUUCCAAUUGAUCAUUUGAAAUUGGAUUUUAAAGCAACAAAAAUACUUUUACAACAAGAAGAAAUCGAAACAGUUCACAAGAGAGAAAAUAAAGAAAUUGCGUCCGCUUAUCAAAAUCUUCAAGAACCUUUGGAUGGUGUUUUUAUUCAUGGCCUAUUUAUUGACGCUGGUCGAUGGGAUUUUCAAUCUAUGAUUUUAGUCGAUGCAAAUAAAGGUGAAAUGAAUCCUUUACUGCCAGUUUUACACAUUCAACCAGUUUUAUCGUUACCGGCAAAUGAUCCUAGAUAUGUUUGUCCUCUUUAUAAGACGAGCAUUCGUGCUGGAGUUUUAUCGACAACUGGACACAGUACAAAUUUUGUUUUAUCAAUUCUUUUACCCUCAAAACAAAAACAAUCAUAUUGGAUACUCAAAGGAACUGCUCUUUUAAUACAAAAAACAGAUUAAAUAAAAUAUCCUAUAUUAUAAAUACUCAUCAUAGAAAA